CCUGUCCUUCAGUCCGGGACCUUCUAAUGGUCCCAGCCCUGCGGACUGGAGUGCUCCAGGAGGUGGGGGCGGAGCAGCAGAAGCAGUGCCGGCUGCAGUAGCCAGAGGCACGGCGGGAGAGCCAUGUCACAGCCGCAGCUGCGGGGCGUGGAGCGCGACCUCUACCGGGACACGUGGGUGCGAUACCUGGGCUAUGCCAAUGAAGUUGGGGAGGCAUUCCGCUCCCUGGUGCCAAGGGCUGUGGUGUGGCUGAGCUAUGGUGUGGCCAGCUCUUACGUGCUGGCCGAUGCCAUUGACAAAGGAAAGAAGGCUGUAGAGGUGCCAAGCCCUGAAGAAGGCCGCAGCACCAGGAUGGCAGUGGCUGUGGUGGACACAUUUGUGUGGCAGGCUCUGGCCUCGGUGGCCAUUCCAGGCUUCACUAUCAACCGUGUGUGUGCCGCCUCACUCUAUGUCCUGGGCACAACCACUCACUGGCCUGUGUCUGUCCGAAAGUGGACCACCACCGCACUUGGGCUGUUGACCAUCCCCAUCAUUAUCCACCCCAUUGACAGGUCAGUGGACUUCCUCCUGGAUUCCAGCCUGCGCAAGCUGUACCCAUCAGUGGGGAAGCCCAGCUCCUCCUGACUGCACCCCAGCUCCUGGUCUGUGUACUAGCUUGCUCCUGCUCUGUGCCAACUGCCCAUUCCUGCCAGGAUGGCAGGAUACCUGUCUUCCCGGAUGACUCCAAGGCCCUGGCAUCUGAGUAUAAGCUGGAUGGAAGCUUAAA